AUGUAAAAUUUAACAUAUUGUACACUUAAUUUGCCAUCAACUCCACAAACUCCUUCUACUCCCACUUUCGAGCAAUCUGAUUAAGAUCAAAGUUCUAAACAUACUUCGCGUAGAACUCUUUUUGAUUUAGAGGAAGAAUAUAUUAUUCACAAGAACCCUAUUUUUAGAAGAAGGUUAAAGAGUAAACAGAAUAAUUAAAUUGAUUAUACUACCUUUUUAGGUCGAAAUUAACUAGAAAAUGAUUUAGAAUCGAUGUGA